UCUAUUAGUUCAAUGGUUCAAAAGUGGAGCCCGAAUGGCCUUUUGUUGAAAUAACCUAACAUUUUGCCGGCGAUUUACAUACGGAAAUUAAUUUUACGUUUCACGUCGAGGCCACGUUUAUGAGAAUAUCCAUAAAUCGGUUGUUGAUUUAUUUUGUGCGGGUAAGAUAACCUAACUUGCUCUCCACGUGCGUGCACAGUUUAAACAAACUUGACAUAUCUGAAUUAUGGGUGACGCAAAUCAUAUCGGUGCUCGUGUGCACUUAUCCAAUGAAUCAGAAACAGAAGAUGACCUGCAAGAUGGUUUGUCCGCUCAGGGUAUGAUAGAAAAAGGAAACGGACUCACUUACAAUGAUUUUAUUAUUCUGCCCGGGUAUAUUGAUUUUUCCCCGGACCAAGUGGAUCUAAGCAGUCCCCUAACGAAGAAAAUUACUUUGAAAGCGCCUCUAGUAUCGUCACCUAUGGAUACUGUUACCGAAGCGGAUAUGGCCAUUGCCAUGGCGCUUUGUGGCGGGAUUGGAAUUAUACAUCACAACUGCCUCCCAUCGUACCAAGCAAACGAAGUACUGAAAGUGAAAAAGUACAAGCACGGUUUCAUUCAUGAUCCUGUAGUGCUCAGUCCCGAUAAUACAGUAUCUGAUGUAAUUGUUGUUAAAAAAGAGCAUGGUUUUUGCGGGAUCCCGAUCACUGCAGACGGAAAGCUUGGCGGCAAACUCAUCGGUAUCGUUACUAGUCGCGAUAUUGAUUUCCUAGACGACAAAGAUUUGGGAAACACAAAAUUGGGAAAUAUUAUGACGAAACUGGAUAAUCUUGUCACCGCCCAAUCUGGAGUAACUUUAACAGAAGCAAACCACAUUCUGGAAAAGAGCAAAAAAGGAAAGCUUCCGAUUGUAAAUGCACAAGGCAACUUGAUAGCGUUGAUGGCUCGCACGGAUUUAAAAAAAGCGAAAAGCUAUCCACUUUCCUCAAAAGACGACAACAAACAACUAAUUGUGGGUGCUGCCAUUGGCACGAGAGAGGAAGACAAACAACGUCUAGCUCUUCUCGCUCAAGCAGGAGUCGAUGUAGUUAUUCUUGAUUCAUCCCAAGGAAACUCGAUAUAUCAAGUGGAAAUGAUCAAGUUCAUCAAGAAUAAAUACCCCAAUUUGCAAGUAGUGGCUGGAAAUGUGGUAACAAAACGGCAAGCAAAAACAUUAAUUGAUGCUGGAGCCGACGCUCUAAGAGUUGGGAUGGGUAGUGGCAGCAUAUGCAUAACUCAGGAAGUAAUGGCAGUUGGUCGUCCACAAGCUACAGCUGUCUACAAAGUGUCUGAAUAUGCAAGACGAUUUGGUGUGCCGGUGAUUGCAGAUGGAGGCAUUCAGUCCAUUGGACAUAUCAUUAAAGGUCUAUCACUUGGUGCAUCAACGGUAAUGAUGGGUUCCCUGUUGGCCGGAACUUCUGAAGCUCCUGGGGAAUAUUUCUUCUCAGAUGGGGUUCGUCUGAAGAAGUAUAGAGGAAUGGGCAGUAUCGAGGCGAUGGAUAGGAAGGACGCGAUGGGUUCAGCUAUGAACCGAUAUUUCCACAGUGAUGUGGAUAAAUUGAAAGUGGCUCAAGGAGUUAGCGGAAGCAUCGUCGAUAAGGGAUCAGUAUUGAGAUUCGUACCAUAUUUGCAGUGCGGCAUUAGACAUGGAUGUCAGGACAUUGGGGUAAAGUCGCUGAUACAACUAAGGACCAAAAUGUAUAAUGGUGAUCUGCGGUUUGAACUUCGGUCUCAUUCAGCACAACUGGAAGGGAAUGUUCAUAGUCUAUUUUCAUAUGAGAAAAGAUUAUUUUAGGAUAGCAAUGCAUUACUUAAACAUUGUGUAUUUCCAAUAUGCUUUUUAGCUCAAGCAUUCAAUAUGUAUAUCUACCUAUAGACAUAGACAUCACUUAAACAAUUUGAAUUCCCGGUGUCCUAGUGGGGUUUUGGAAAUAUUGUUCUUUGUCUGAAUAGGUUUAAGCGCUUAGAUAUAGUAAAUGGCCUUAAAGCAAAGGUUAUUUUAAGGAAGAUUACUUUGUCUAGAUUUAUUUUUUUUACAAAUGACAAUUUUUCAAUUGAAGAUUUUAAAUUUUUGUAAAAAUAUUUUCACAUACUCGAGAGAACAUUACUAGUCAAAUUGACUAGCAUUUUAAAUAAAUCUACUUCGAUUAGUACGGAGUACCAAUUCCAUAAUUCUCCGAACUUUUAGUAGAUUGUAUUUUAACGCAUUACAAGAAUGGGAACAUUUUUAAUUCAAGUCAUUAUUGAAUUUUAACUUACCUACUUUUGACUUAUAUCAGUGUUAAAUCUAAGAAUACAUUUGUAAAAUUUAGUACUAAUUGUAGCUUUUGUGGGUUGUAUAUACUUAACAAUCAUUCUCGCAUUUGUUUAGUUACUUCCAAGAGUUUAUUCAUCAUUAUUGUGUAGUAUUAAGGAUAUUACACAUUAUCAUGUUUUAUUUAUGGCUUAUUUUGGAUGUGCGUUAUUUUAUAAUGCCGAAGUAUUUUUGUUCAAAGUAGGAAGAAAGGAUCUCAAAAUAUUUCAUAAUACUUACUUCUGUAAAAAUUCUAUUCAAAAGUAUUCGAAUGAUACAUUUAUUGUACUUAAUAAAAUGUUAGUGACUGGAAAAUAAAAA